GGUCCUCACGAGCUACUGUUUCUCGCGGUGUGCGGAAACCGUGCACGCGUGCGUUUUUUGGCAUGUUUGCCCCUUCCGCCGGUUGGCUAUCUCAAGCAUCUCGAGCUGAGCGCCCUGUGUCAGAUAGUUGCGUGACAGCGGGCUUCAGUUCAGAAUGGGCAUGCUCCUCAGCAAGGUGUGGCAGCGAAUGCUGGGUUCCAAGGACAUGCGCAUCCUGAUGCUUGGCCUGGAUGCUGCGGGCAAAACCACGAUCCUGUACCGCCUGAAGCUCGCGGAGGUGGUGAUGACUGUUCCGACUGUUGGAUUUAACGUAGAAGUUGUCGAGUACAAGAACAUCAAAUUCACGGUUUGGGAUAUUGGUGGGCAGGACAAGAUCCGCGCGCUGUGGCGCUACUAUUUUCAGGGCACAGACGGGCUGAUCUAUGUGGUGGACAGCUCGGACCGGGACCGCAUCCAGGAUGCCAAGGAGGAGCUGCAGAAGAUUCUGGCGGAGCAAGAGAUGGAGGAUGCAGCGCUGCUGGUGCUUGCCAACAAGCAGGACUUGCCGAAUGCCAUGACGGCAGCCGAGGUGGUUGACAAGCUGGAGUUGCAGAAGCUGCGACAUCGCCAGUGGUUCAUCCAGUCCACCUGUGCACCCACAGGAGAUGGUCUCUACGAGGGGCUGGAUUGGCUGUCCCGCACAUUGGCUUCGCGCAAGUGAGCAACGCGGAGUGAACGUCUGUAGUUGUGCUGUUCACCACUUAGAAGGCAACAGAAGCGUACUCAACGCUCUGACAUAGUGUAGUUGUGUAUAGCUCAUGGAAGUUUUGGGCCUAUGCAGCCUCGCUGUUUGUUCAGCAAGGAGGGCCCCACAGCGGUGCCAGUUCUGUCCCCCUUCCCAAAGCCUGACUGUACAGCUGCUGGCUUUGGACAUGCAGAGGAGGAUGAACUUGAUUUUGCCGCGCGAUGCCAAACAUCACUCAACCACUUUGUAGG